UACGAAAAUUGGAGUGUGCCAGCACUCGUUGUAUAACAGACAACGAGUCUAUUUUCUAGCGAACGACGACACGCCUGACGACAUCAUAGACCCCGCGACGGGACGACUCCGGAAUACCACAACUUCUAGUAGUACGACGACGAGACAAGGAAUGGAUGACUCUUCAACACCAACAUAUAUUAGCGUAGCUGAAAAAGGAGACGCGGCAUCGGCAAACAAGAGUAAGAAAGACAGCAACAUUUCCAAGUCGAUUGAGGAUCAUCCAGUCGAGCACCAAGAACUUGAGAUUAGUUAUACUCGCAGUGUCGACAAUGUUCCUACCAGCGACAGCGAGACUAGGCGUUUCAUUGAGGCCUUAUUGGUGAAGAUUCUGGUCCAAAGACCUGAACCUGAUGUCCUAGAGCAGAUGGCAAACGCUUUGGACGAACGUUUUCCCAAGAGAUGGGAAGAGGCGAUGGCUUUUCGUCUCUAUACCGGUUCCAUGAUGAAUCUCUGUCUCGCACUACCAGCGCUUGCGCCACGAGUGUUUCGUGCGACUCUAAGGGGUUUGGUGGAUGUGGAUGCCUGGAUCGUCGAAAAAGCGGAGGAUGGCGAAGAUGUUGCUCCCGCUGCUGCAGUAGUGUCUGGUCAGGUGGUUCCCACAGGAGUUGUUCCUAGUACAGUUGGACCUGUCGACAAUAGAGCUGUAGCUCUUGCUGAUGCUUGUGCAGCGAACAAGACAUCCGAAGCUGCGGAUGACGGUGGGAAGAGUGUCGCUUCUACUGCUCCCACCGAAACAGCGGAUAACAAGCGCGACGAAACGAGCGAGGAGAACGUAAACAAAGUGUCUCAGAAGCUGGAUUGUGCGAUGGUUGUGGUCUUCGAGUUUUUGGCCAAAUUCUUCGACCUCACAUCUCACCACCCAAAGCUCACCUCUGAAGUCAAGUGCAGAAGUGCGAGUAUGGCUCUGGCAGAUGCAGCAAGGGGUGGAUCAGAUGUAUCAACAGCUAGUAGAGUGCGAAGUGCAACUACAAGUGCAUCUAGUACUUCUACAGCGACGACGACAACGACCAGCGCAAAUCAGAUCAAUAAGUUUUCUCUCGCAGCCUUGAAAGAGGACCACAGUUUGCCAGAGCAUAAGGUCGCUUUUCUAGAAUCCUUGCUGCAAGAAUUCCAAGACAAUUUCCUUCAGCAACAGGCGAAACUGGAGAAUUGCAAUGGUAUCCUCGACACCCUCUAUGGUGGCGACACAACAGCGCUGACGCCUAACGGCGACAAAUGCAGUAAAAACGUCCAAUACAUCUACUUUUACCUGUGCUGUCUGCAUCCCCGCUUCUGUGAGGAGUUCCUGUGUCGUUUACUACAGACGUUCUACGGUCAACCGACGAGCUCAAACUACAAGAAACGCUCUGCUAGCACAAACUCGGUCGUCCUUCCAGCUGCAGUAUCUAUUGAAGAGAACAACAACAACGGAAGGAACACGACUACAAAUAACGAUGUUGAUGCAAGGAGAGCCGCUAGUACUGGUGCUACAGGAGCCUCCACUAUCAGCACACCUAGGAGGUCACCUGCUUCCUUUUCAAUUGGUGUCCCGUUUACCCAUCGCAAGGCAGCAGUUCAAUACUUGGCUUCGAUCCUUGUUCGCGCCAAGUUUCUUUCUACGCAGUAUGCAGUGAAAGCCAUCGGCUACAUCGUUGAGUGGUGCGUUAGCAUGCUGCCAGUCAUUGAGAAGAGAUUACUACCAAACAGGAAAACCGAUGCGAAGGACCUGAAUGCUUCUUCUAGUUCGUCCGCUGCGAUUAGGGACAACACUUUCUGCGAAGUGAAGGACCCGGAAAGCGAGCUUUUUCAUCACGCUGUGCAGAGCAUUUGCUACAUUUUGUGCUUCAAAGUGCAGAAGCUGUUGCAGGAAAAAGACGCAUCCUUGUAUGCGCCAACAGGUGCGAACAAGCGCAGGAUGUCGACUGCGAGAAACCGUAGCUCCUGCGGUAGUAAUUAUGGUAAGCAAGAAGUACAACUAGGAGAACAAGGAUCUUCCUCCAAGCCCACGAACAAGAACAGUAACGUCUUAGAAGAAAUCUUCUUCUCCGUGACUGAGCCUAAUCUGAGCAGCAUUCUCCUUUCGCCUCUGAGACCACUGCGACGUCUCGAGCAUCAUACCUGCGAUGAAUUCGAGAGACGCAUGAGGAAUAACCUUGGAGAUCGUUUGGACCACAUCUGGAGCCACAGCUUUGGGACAACAACAACUUCUACUACAACUAAUACGGACAAGAACGAAGAAGCAGCCACUUCUUCGAGUUCGUUCCCCGAACGUGAUCCGUAUCACAUCUAUCGCAUUUCGCAGUGUCUUUUUCCCUUUGAGGAGUACCGACUGCGCAAUUCUAAGUGCAUGAUCGCCAGAUUGUGGACCGACUACUCGGAGACAAAGCCUGAGUGGGAAAACGAGAUGGAGCACGAACGCGAAAUGGCAGCUUCAGGUAUGCAGCCAGGUGGUGAAGACGAAGGAGACCAUAGUGAUGGUUGUGGAGGUAGUGCCAGUGGUGGAAGUGGCCAGCAACAUCUCCUGAAUGCUCCGAAUACAAGCAUUGUGAACAUCAAAAUGGAGUUUGAUGAAGACGUCACACAUGAAAGUCUAGACCUGCAGCUUCAGCAACAACAGCGUCUUAGGAGCUCACUGAAAAAGGGUCCGCGUCGUGGCUUUGAGUCGGCGGAAGAAGAUGAAAACGCUGCCAAGAAAAAACGGAGGCGUGUCCAUUUCGCACCAAAUCUUGAGGAAAGCAUUUCGAUUCCAAAUAAUGAGAUGCUCAAAGAGCAAAAGGACGCUCUGAAGAAGGGGAAGAAUGGCGACAACAGUUCUGAAAGGAAGAAUGACCAGAUGAAAGCUCUGGAGAAAGCAGCUGGAAAUGGCGACAACAUCAAGAAUUCUGAAGUAGAUUCUGGAGGUUCUGAUGACGAAGAUAAUGCGGAGGACGACCGUUAUGCAGACCCGGAAGAGUCUCGAGAAGACAGCUUUCUGCCAUCUUCAGCGUUUAGUCCAGAUUUGAGUGCCUUUGGCUCUGUCAUGGAUCGUCUUAGCGCAGGAGGAGCAGCCCGUGAUGAAGGGGAAGGAGCAGGAAACUAUCUCUAUCAUAUUACUUCUAGUGCUAGUACUCAAGGACGAGAAGAUGAAGAUGAAGUUGUAGUCGUAGGAACAGCUGGAGAGGAUGAGCAUGAAGCUUUCCCGGAGAUGAUUGAAGAUCAUGAUGUGCAUAACAACCUUCAUCAGGUCUCAUCUGAUGAAGAAAUGAGUGAUGAAUGAUUUUUUUUUGCAUGCGAAAGAAACCUGCUUAGGCCCGACCAGAAAUGUAGUAAGUUGCAAGAAGAAGACACCUCCUUCUAGUAUUCCAAACUUAUACAUAGCACACGACGUCAGUAUGACCGUAUUAAGUACUUGUUCUACUCCUAUGGAUUCCACUAUCCACUUCCCUCAUGCCUCUUCCUCCACCCUGAAAAACUCACUAUGCCUACGUACCCGAUCACUGUUCGUUGACCUGGACUUUUUCAACAACAUAUCCUUCUUGAUGAACAUGCUCCAACAUGAAUGCCCUAUCAACCUGCUGGAUGAAAGAACAUCAACAAAGCGAUUUGCGCUCGACGAAGGGUGACGGUGAUGCCAUGGUCAGUGUUGGCUUGAUGAGCUAAAAGAGUGAGCC